CCAAAGACCCUUCUCACGGUGGACAUUCAUUCAUUUCUAACUAGGAGGCUGCAAUUCUUUCCCGUCGACAACUCCUCACAAUUCUUCCACUUACCCUUCCUUGACACUGACUUUGUUUUCUAACCAAGCUACAUAAUAAUACUUCUUCUUUCUUCUCCUUUUUAUUAUUAAGGGGGACUAUAUGGCCGAUCGAUUGAGCUAGAUUCGCAUUCCUAAUCUUCUGGUUCCAUCGUUUAGGUCGAUCGAAUCCAAGUUGAUUUACCACCGCUUCGCGACUUCUGAGAUUUUUGCAAUCGCGUCUAGAAACUUAAGUCAACAAAGCUUUCCAAAAUGGCCGAAACGGAAAACUUUGAGGAUGACCUCUUCGCUGAUCUGUACGACGAUAACGAUGCUGCCGCCGCGCCGCCGUCCGCUGCCGCUACCGCUGCCACGGCUACAACAGCCGCUGCGGCAGCUCCGGCAGCACAAGUUUCUACCGCUCCAGUUCCCACUCCCACUCCUUCCAACCCUCAGCAGUCCAUAGAGACACCUAGCCAGUACGAGAUGGAUCAGACGCAUAACGAAGUGGCUUAUACAACCGAAGAGAACGGCUAUGGCGAAGAAUAUCAAGACGAGAACUACGAGGAUGACGAUGAUGUGGAUUUCAACUUAGGCAACGGCCCGAGUGGUGCCGUCACUGCUGCGCAGCCUCAACAAGAUGACUCGGCUUCCGCAUACCAUACUGCCAGAGGUGCCAGUGCUAAGGAGGAUGGGUAAGUAGAUUUGUCUAGAUUUGUUUAUUUCUGUUAGUCGCGUGGCUCUAAACGAGUCUUAUUGCCUUUCGCCCAUGUCUGAAACCCAAAUCAGAGCAACGUAUAAAGCAUGUUGUGUUGCUUUGAACGGUUAAUUUGGGAGAAAUCACUCCCUAUUUGACACUUGACAAUCAAAAGGAUAUGUGUUUAAGUAUCCCGGCGCUUUUUAGCCAAGGGGAGGGGGGCGUUGGUGGGCAAGAGAACUGGUUUCUAUCUCGCUAGCUGUCUCCGAAGGGAAAAUCUAGUAAUGGACUUGCCAAGUCGGGCAAUAUUCAGAUAAAUAGCCAGAGGGAAACACGCCAGUCGCCCGGAUUUCAAGAGGUGCAUCGCGGGAAAGAAGUAGUGGCUGAAGACAUAAGGAGGAAUCCUAAGGAGGAAUCACGCUACCUUUUUAAAGAGAAAAGCCAGCGAUAAAAAGUUCGACCAUAGUCAGUACAGAAAACACUUACUGCCUUCCGUAGCCACUCGUCAGGAAUAGGCUCAUAAAGCUUCAAAGAGGGACAUUUUGCUCUGGAAGGCUGUAACAAGAGAAUUGGCA